UUUAUUUCUUGGUUAAAAGCAUUAAAAGUGAGAACAAACUUCGGAUAGGAGUUACAAAAAUUUCAGAAUCUGGGAAACUUCUUUUAGAUUCUUAGUGCAGUACAAUACAGUUUUCAGAUUUUGGAUGCUCUUUCAAUAAGGUUAUGGGAGCUGAAAGGGAUACUUUAUAUAAGGAUCUGCACACAUUUUAAAUGCAGACUCAAAAAUCUCUUAAUCGGCAGAAAAGCAUGCCAUCAGUUAUUGUCACGCACGUACCAACAUCUCAGAAAAUGGCAUGUCAGCACCAUCUAUUUGACCAAUAUGAUGGUCGAUAUCCAUCACAAUCUCAUGCUGUUCGAGUUCAGCAACAGUUGUUACGACCUCGUAGUUCAUCCUUGGAGCCUCAUGGAUACUCCGAGCCUCCCCCGGAAUCUAAUCCAAGUUUGUACAAUACGAUUCACUCCUUUCAUCCUGGCCCGAAUCUUGCCGUGAACCAUUAUCUAACUUUAAACCGAGUGCGAACUAAUAGUCACAGUGACUCGGACACUGGAUAUAAUCCAUAUAGUACGAUCCAUGAAUUAAAAAAUCUUGAUUCUGUUGUUGACCAGAAUUUUAAUCGGAGGUCGCGUUAUGAUUCUCUGGAUUAUGAAACUGAUACUAGUGGCUCUACCUAUAGUCCCUACAGUACGAUAUCAUCAAUACCGGAAUGGAGGUUCCCAGAUGCGAAUGGGGAAUAUCCCAUAAUGCAUCAUUUUCCUGCUGAAUCAAAUUCUAGUGAUCCCGGUGAUGAACUUAAAUCGGCUACAUUGGCAAAAAU